AUGGCCGGCUACUUCAUUGAGCCACUCGGACAUCGUGCCGUCGGCUGGGUGCCUGGCAACCUCGGGUUUCAUCUCGUGCACGGUGGGGACGACCAAUGGACUCGCGAGGAACGGCAAAUGAGUGAUGGAAUGCUGAUGUGGCGGCUGGGAUUGCAGAUGCAGAUUCUUGGCCCCAGUCUUGGUGUGGUCCUUCUCGCGCUGGUUGCAGGCAACCAUGUAGCUGCCUCGAGCCAGCGUUCGGACGCCGAGCACAAGUUCAUCAAGCGUUCGCCCAAGACGGUUGUGCACCAUCACUACCACCAUUCCCCCGCCCCCGCUCCUGCACCCGCACCUGCUCCCGCUUCGUCGGGUGGGGGAAUGUUCGGUGGAGGUGCGGUGAAGAACAUUGCGGCCGGGACGGUGUUAGCUGGAACCGGAGCGUUUGCAGGCACCAUCGGCGCUACUGAAGCUAAGCGUCUCCUCGGCAGCGAUGACCAUGACCGCGACAACGAUGAUCGUAAACAUCAGCCAAGGGAGAAGGACGACCAGCAAAACACUCAACCUCAGCCCCAGCCUCAGGCUCAGGCUCAGGCUCAACAGCCUCAGGGUCAGCAGGUACAGCCUCAGGCACAGACCCAGCACGUAUCCGCUGACGUCGCUGCGGGUCAGACCAACAGACAAGCUUAUCCCGUCGCGAUUCUGAUGUCCGAUGGCUCGUACGAGCCUCUGCCGUCCCGGCUCGCCGCCCAGAGCGCCAAUAUUGGAGACGCUCGUGGUGCCAAUGGCCAGGCUCGCAGCCCUCUCUAUGAUGUAGACACCUUGCCUCCCCAGCCCAGGUACCAGGCUGCUGACGCCCAGCCGCAGUAUCCCAACUACGCUGCCCCUGGCGUCGGUGCUGGCGUCGGUGCUGGCGCGGGUGCUGGUGCUGGUGCCGGUACUGGUGCCGGAGCUGGCGCUGGAUGGGGAGCGGGUGCUGGCGCUGGCGCUGGCGCUGGCACGGGUGGCUUCGUCUUCCCUCCCUCCAACUAG